AUGCAGGUGCACUACGCCACAAAGUCACAUGACGAGGGCUGCACAUGCAGUCAGUACCUCCAAUCUGCCAUCUUCAGAAGUCAGUACCUCCAAUCUGCUAACUUCAGAAGUCAGUACCUCCAAUCUGCUAACUUCAGAAGUCAGUACCUCCAAUCUGCUAACUUCAGAAGUCAGUACCUCCAAUCUGUUAACUUCAGAAGUCAGUACCUCCAAUCUGCUAACUUCAGAAGUCAGUACCUCCAAUCUGCUAACUUCAGAAGUCAGUACCUCCAAUCUGCUAACUUCAGAAGUCAGUACCUCCAAUCUGCUAACUUCAGAAGUCAGUACCUCCAAUCUGCUAACUUCAGAAGUCAGUACCUCCAAUCUGCUAACUUCAGAAGUCAGUACCUCCAAUCUGCUAACUUCAGAAGUCAGUACCUCCAAUCUGCUAACUUCAGAAGUCAGUACCUCCAAUCUGCUAACUUCAGAAGUCAGUACCUCCAAUCUGCUAACUUCAGAAGUCAGUACCUCCAAUCUGCUAACUUCAGAAGUCAGUACCUCCAAUCUGUUAACUUCAGAAGUCAGUACCUCCAAUCUGCUAACUUCAGAAGUCAGUACCUCCAAUCUGCUAACUUCAGAAGUCAGUACCUCCAAUCUGCUAACUUCAGAAGUCAGUACCUCCAAUCUGCUAACUUCAGAAGUCAGUACCUCCAAUCUGCUAACUUCAGAAGUCAGUACCUCCAAUCUGCUAACUUCAGAAGUCAGUACCUCCAAUCUGUUAACUUCAGAAGUCAGUACCUCCAAUCUGCUAACUUCAGAAGUCAGUACCUCCAAUCUGCUAACUUCAGAAGUCAGUACCUCCAAUCUGCUAACUUCAGAAGUCAGUACCUCCAAUCUGCUAACUUCAGAAGUCAGUACCUCCAAUCUGCUAACUUCAGAAGUCAGUACCUCCAAUCUGCUAACUUCAGAAGUCAGUACCUCCAAUCUGCUAACUUCAGAAGUCAGUACCUCCAAUCUGCUAACUUCAGAAGUCAGUACCUCCAAUCUGCUAACUUCAGAAGUCAGUACCUCCAAUCUGCUAACUUCAGAAGUCAGUACCUCCAAUCUGCUAACUUCAGAAGUCAGUACCUCCAAUCUGCCAUCUUCUGA